CACAAAUAUAGAGGGAGUUUGUAAUCGCUCUCUAGUUCAGAUUGUCUUGAUCACAUCCUUGUGGUACUUUUGUCUUCAGUUAUUUAGAUCAAUGAAUAUAGGUAGUGUAUAAAUCAUUCUCUGGUAUGUCGCGAACUAGAACCUGUCAUGAAUUUUUAUCACUUCAAAUUGGCGCACGUAGUAAAUACCUUAAACACCUGGGUGGGUUGAAAUUCUGCACAGCACCCUAACCUUUGCCCUAAUAUCCCCUAACCGGACUUGAAAUGCUGAGUAACAUUUGGAAAAGCAAAAACAUGCAGACCAAAACACUAGAUCGGCAUAUGAAGCUACUGACUGUUGGUCGAAAUGAGUCCGGGUUCAAAACUGAUUAUAGUGAUGCAGUUGUAUAUACUGCAUAUCUUACAAAUCUGAUAUACCAUCCCAUGAAUUUUCUCGUAAUGCAGUGUACAAGGUUGAUCCCAAGUUUUUUAAUUUCUAACAAAUCACAAUCAAUAAGAACUAUCAAUGUAGCAAUGGGACCUUUAAGGUCUCGUCAGAAAAUUGCCUUUAAGACAAGAUACCACUGGAUGUUAGACUUAAAAAAAAGCAAAGCUCGUGCAAAAUACCCUUGGAUUCCCAGGGAACCAACAACAUCCAUGGAAAUAUAUGGUCAAAAAAUUAUUUUUCCUGAAAUGUACUUAGAUUUUAUUGUACCGAACAACUUGGACAAAUGUGAACUAAAACCUUACGUUUCAUGGCAAUCGAAGCUAAUUGAGGAAGGACCACUAACAGCUGAAGUUUUAUUUAAUAACAGAUAUUCACAAAAAAUAACUGAAAUGUUUAAAAAUGGUGCAAGUAAUGAAGAAAUUAUGGAGUACUUGAAGAACACGAAUUGUUAAUAAUAAAUAAAUGAAAAAUUAUCUUGUUGAUUUGAACUGUAUCACAUUUUGUAGCUUCGCUGACUUAUAAUCUGUUCUGAGUUGAAUGAAGUUCAUCAACAAAUCUCUUGGCAUUCCUGACUGCAAAUAAUCUUGAACAACUUGUUGUACGUUUUCUGGCUUAAUCAACAUGAGAUUCAUCAGCUUAAACAGUACAUCGAAAACAACAUUAACAGUUGGACUCUCA